AUGUGGCUCCACUUUGGCAUACAUGCUCUUCUUGUAGUGACUCUUACCCUGAGUCCUGUGACUGCUGCAGCGCAGAGUGAAAACGAUGUCACUGGAGAAGAUGUCUAUCCCCCUCUGUGGCACCUGGCCCCUGAAAACCUGCUGGAUUUCCCAGUAAAGGACAACAAAAUUGUCAUCAGUGCUUGGAACUAUCAAGAUCGACUGGGAGUGUAUAAGAGCUUGCUAAGUGCUUCGGCCAAAUAUUUUGAUGCCUUUGGAUCCCAAAACAGUGGCAAUAUUCUCUGGGGAUUACCAGUGCAGCAUGGGUGGCAAUUUCGUACAGGUAGGUUAGCAGAUCCUUCUGGUGUGACUUCCUGUGGCUAUGAAAAUGGAGAGCUCCUGUGCCAAUCUGUAAGAAGCUGGUGGUCCUGUAUGAAUUACUAUCUGUCCAUUAUACCCUUUCUGGGGGCAGUGGAGGCUGGUCUCUUUGGGCAGCUGCCAUAUGAGAUAGAAAUAUUGCCACCAGAGGAGCAAAAAGAUGAUUUCUGUUACAGCGUUAAAGACUGCUGGUCUCGCAUGCCCAAGCUCAUGGAUGACUGGAAGGCCUUCUUUGAAUAUCUGUUAUCUACAGAACACAAAGCUGUGAGUUCUGCCAGCCUCUCCUCCUUCAAACUGGAUGAUGCCCUUGGCCUCAUGUGGAAGGCACACACCUCCUCCAUUGCUUACGCACUCCCCAAAUUCCAGGACAGCUUAAAAUAUCUCUCUGAUCCAGAAGCAAAUUUUGGUGAAGACUGGGCUAAUGCUGUAGAUUUCAUUGCCGCCACACACUUCAGUACAGACUUACAGACCACAAACCACUUCCAGGUCUUCCUGCCCCAGAAGAUGCUUGUUGAAGGGGAUGUUCCCCCAUCCAUUAGUGACUUCAGUCCAGAGCAAAAUAAGGUCCUGGUGUCACUGAGAGUUCUUCACAAAGUAAAUAAAUUAACAGGAGGAUUGCUGCUGAAGCUCUGGCAGAAGGCUAUGUCUACCGAAGCAGGAAGAAAAAAGGGCCGAGAACUGAUUGAAAGCUUGACUUCGAGCCAGAAGCUUGAACUACUUGACCUAGUAGGAAUUUAG